AUGGAUGUAGUUAGAGAAGAACAAGCUGCCUUCAGAGAGGAGAUGGACUCUGUCAAAAGCAAGAUCGAACAGAUCUUUGAGGCUAUACAAGCUCUGGCUAGAAGGGAAGAAGAGGCUCGUGUUGCCGCUGCUGCAAGGAACGAUGCUCUAGUUCAAGGGGUUGCUCUUCAGUCAAGACCUUCAGUUCCUAUUCCAAAUCCCGUUAUCUACGGUCUUCCUCCAGGUUUUGUUCCACCGCCUGAAAGAACUCAUGUGCCUCCACCUGCGCAUACUUCUGGAGUAGCUGAUGGAGUCGCUGCGCAAGGACCUCCGAUUGUCAAUCAAGUGGCCAUUCCCCGCACUGAUGAGGAGCUCCAGGACGAGUUUGAAAUGCAGAAUUACAAUGGAGCUACUCCAGUGGUCAUCCCUACUGCUGCCCAAGAUUCUGAGGCUAUCUUGAUGUGUCGUGCUCUGGCCGAAAAGCUAAGAAUCUUGGAAGGACAUAACUCAACCCGUUUAAGUGCCUUGGAGAUGUGUCUAGUCCCAGACGUGGGCCAAUAUUAUGAAAGAUUGAUCAGUAGUGUGUCCACAAGAUUUUCUGACAUGGUGAUCGUGGGAGAAAGAGUAGAAGAAGGACUGAAGAGGGGUAAAAUCCAGGGAGGUUCCAACAGUCAACCAAUCUUGAAGAAGCCUUUCAACGGAUUCAAGAGGAACGAGGGUGAGACUAGUGCCAUUUCUUCUCAGAGGAGGGUACCACCCAGGGCUCCUGCUCCUCUGCCUUAUUAUCAGUACCCUUACGUAGCAGCUGCUCAAUAUCCAACCAUGCCUUAUCGUCCAAUUGCUCAUGUUCCUAUUCCAACUCCGGUACCUCAUUAUCAAGUUCCAGUUCCUCAAUAUCAAGCUCCACAACCUCAGUUCCAGGCUCCUCCACCUCAACAUCAACAGAGAAAUCAACAGAAUAAUCAACCACGUUCAGUUCAGCAGCAACGGCCAAAUCAACAGAGGCCAUAUCAACAAUACAAUAAUGUGAAUACCACUCCUAUCCCAAUGACUUACACUCAAUUGCUACCGUAUCUGAUUCAGAAUGGGAUUGUCGUGCCAAGGGCACUACCUCCAAUGUCGAAGCCGCAUAAGCCUUGGUAUGAUGAGAAUGCUAGAUGUGCCUUUCAUGCUAAUUCAGAGGGUCAUACAACAGAGAAUUGUAAGGUGUUCAAACUCCGGGUUCAAGAGUUGAUAGAUCAGAAAAUAUUGUCUUUUGCUGAUGUUCCAAAUGUGGGGAACAGUCCUUUGCCUAAACAUGAUAGUUCAGGUGUCAAUGUUAUAGAAAGUUCAACUGAAGAUGUAUUGAUAAAGGAUGUGUUCAAGUUGAAGACUCUUUUAACAGUGGUCCAUGCUAGAUUGAUGGAAGCAGAAUUGAUGAAUGGAGUACAUGAUAAUUGUGUGGUGUGUUCAUCCAACCCUAAUCAGUGUGGUGAAUUCAAAAUUUAUCUUCAACGUUUGAUGGAUCAGUGGGUUAUUCAGUUCACUAGAGCAAAGAUUGAUGAGGACGUUGCUGUGAUUGUACCUGUGUUUGAUCAGGAGAGGCUUCCCAAGCCUUUUGUGGUCCCUUAUCAGAGAAAUGCUAACCUAGAGCCAGUGAAGAAGAUUGAGCCCAUGGUUAUCCAUGUUCCCGCUCCAUUCUCAUUUGACAGUACCAAAGCAGUGCCUUGGAACUAUGAGCCUGUAGUUUAUGUGGGUAACAAACCAGUAAUCUUGAAAGAGCCAGAUGUGACUAACAUCGCUGGAGCUAGUGGGGUGACUCGAAGUGGAAGGGUUUUCGCUCCUGAAGUGAUCCCAAACAAAGAAAGUGUACCAACAGUUGAACCAACGAAAGGGAAAGAGGUGAAUCCUCCAGAAGUAGGAGAAGGAUCAUCUAAGAAAGCAGUGACUGCUGAAGAGGAUAGAGAAUUCUUGAAGAUCAUCAAGAAGAAAGACAUCAGUGUUAUUCAGUUUGAUAAUGUGGUUGCUAAUCUCAAUGUUAGUAGUUGUUUGAUGUUCACUGAUGAUGAUUUACCCCCUAAUGGGCGAGAACAUAAUAUGGCGCUUCAUAUCUCCAUUCAAUGUACAGAUGUUACUUUGGCUCGAGUACUGGUGGAUACAGGUUCAUCCUUGAACGUGUUACCUAAGACUACCCUGGCACAAUUGAAUAUUGAAGGGGUGCAGAUGAGACCCAAUGCUUUGAUAGUUAAAGCUUUUGAUGGUGAUGAUCAAGUGAAUGCUCUUGAAGAUGAAGAUCUAGAUUUGUCCAAGAUGGUGUUUUGUGGACCUCCAGAUGUCGCUCUCACUAACUGGAAGGCAACAGAUGUUCCGGAUAUAGUUUCUUGUUCAAAGUAA